AUAUUUCAGUAAGGUAAUAAGGUCCUCUGCAGCAAUUUAGCCAGUGUGGCUGGUUAGAGUAGAAGGUGAAUUUGUAAAAGUUGAAUGGCAGCUAAUCCUCUCACCGACUGAAAAACUCUUCUGCCAGCACCCCGCCAUGACUUAUGUUGGUAAUCUGUUACUGACCACAUAUUUCGUAUCGUAGUUCGCACACUACCGUGGCUGUCAAAGAUAAUUCCAACAUAGCGUUGACUUUUAGUUUGAAGUAAUAGGAAAAAGAAUGUUACUUAUUGGUAACGCACUAAUUUUUACUAAGAUCAUUGCCUCGAGAAAAUGUGUAUGAAACAAGAUUUUCUAAUAAAUUUUUAUUGUUUCCAUGACGCACAGUGACAUAACCUUAAAACAUUCUGUUUCGUUGAUAUCAAGAAGCGAAAAUGGGAACUGAAAUUCAGAUUAAUAAUAUUGUAAGCGAAAUAUUGAAAGUGGAGCCUAUUGAAGAAGCAUUCAGCUGCUUCUUAGUGCAUCGCCCUGAACAGGAAACUGAGAAGGUGCAGAACUUCCAGCAAGAACUACAGUCUGUGCUGAGUGGUCUGAACUCAGACCAACAGGAGACUGGCGUCAAGGCUUACCUGUUGAAGGCUGCAGAAAUGACUAAUCACAGUCGCUUGCAGUUACUUUUGUCUCUGCUGGAAAACUUGGUAGCCAACAACAUUUUGCCAGCAAGAAUGGUGUGUGAAUGCAUAUUGUCAUGUGAAAAACUGCAAUAUCAGCAAGAAGAUUUCUGGGUUGAAUGUUUCCGUCUCAUCAGAAGAAUUAUUGGUGGUGUUGAUUACAAAGGAGUUCGUGAAAUAAUGAAGGGUUGUCGAGAAAAAGCUCAAACCAUUCCAGCAAGGUUAAAUGCUUCGGUACUUCCACAGCUGAAAGCGUUGGAGAAUGUUAUAGAAUAUAUUUUUGACAGGAAUGCUUGUCUGUUACCUGGUUAUUUUAUAGUUACUGAAAUUCAGAAAGCAUAUCCUGACAAUAAGAACUGGCCACACUGGAAAUUGGCUCAACUGUUGUCCGGUUUUGUGGAAAGUUUUCGGGCAACAGCUCAAAUGGUGUCAAUCAUUGGGCACUCUCGCAUGUUACCAGUGGUGGAACACUCAGGCUAUGCUGAUCAUCUUAUCAAUCCAUGGAAGUUAGAUCCCUCAACUCUCAAGUUCUCCCUAAAAGGAAAUUUACCAUAUGAUCGUGAGCUGUUGGAACCGCAGACUGGACUUCUGAGAUAUGUUCUGGAGCAACCGUAUUCAAGGGACAUGGUGUGUUCUAUGUUGGGGUUACAGAAACAGCAUAAGCAACGGUGUGUUGCACUGGAGGAACAGCUAGUGGAGUUGGUAAUUCUGGCCAUGGAACGUUCAGAGACUGAGGCAGAUACGGAUGAUAUUUCAAACAGCCACUGGCUCUGGUUACAUCUGUCCAGCCAGCUCAUCUAUUUCGUGCUCUUCCAAUUUGCAACCUUCCCAAACAUUGUAAUGGCUCUCCAUGACAAGCUGGCUGGUCGUGAUUUACGAAGAGGCAGGGACCACUUGAUGUGGGUGCUACUGCAGUUCAUUUCUGGCAGCAUUCAGAGAAAUCCAUUGAACAAUUUCUUACCAGUGCUAAAGUUGUAUGACUUGUUGUACCCAGAGAAGGAACCACUGGCAGUGCCAGAUUUUAAUAAAGCUCUGUGUACACACCAAAUGGCCAUGACCUGCAUAUGGAUCCAUUUACUGAAAAAGGCUCAGACAGAACACCUCAACAUUCAUCGUCCUAUACCACAUACACUGAAAGUGCAUCAUGAGUUUCUUCAGCACCUUGUUAUGCCAAACAAUACAGGUUUAUGUAUGGGCUCUGAUUAUCGGAUAGCCUUACUCUGCAAUGCAUAUUCCACUAAUCAGGAAUACUUCACUCGCCCAAUGGCUGCACUUGUGGAUACAAUACUGGGAACACAGAAGGGUCCUCAACAGCCUCCACUGCCACCAUUAGCUAAUAAUGCAGCACUGGCCAGUGGUCCUACAACACCCCUGUCAAUGUCCAUUUUGGAUUCUUUGACAGUGCACUCCAAGAUGAGUCUGAUCCACAGUAUUGUAACACAUGUGAUCAAGUUAGCACAGUCAAAGUCCAACAUGGCCCUGGCACCAGCACUUGUUGAGACAUACAGCAGGUUGCUUGUAUACACAGAAAUAGAAUCCUUGGGCAUUAAAGGAUUUAUCAGCCAGCUGUUGCCUACAGUGUUCAAGUCUCAUGCAUGGGGUAUAUUGUACACCUUGCUUGAAAUGUUUAGCUAUCGGAUGCAUCACAUUCAGCCUCACUAUCGAGUUCAGCUUUUAUCACAUCUUCACAGUCUUGCAGCUGUCCCUCAAACAAAUCAGACGCAGUUACAUCUCUGUGUUGAGAGCACAGCUUUGCGUCUUAUAACAGGGUUGGGGAGUGCUGAAGUUCAGCCACAAUUGUCACGGUUCCUCAGUGAGCCAAAAACUUUGGUGUCUGCAGAGUCAGAAGAACUGAACCGAGCUCUUGUUCUCACAUUGGCUCGUUCCAUGCACGUUACUGGAACAGGUUCUGAGACAUUGUCAGGAACAUGGUGUAAAGAAUUGCUGAACACAAUAAUGCAGAACACACCUCAUAGCUGGGCCAACCACACUCUCCAGUGUUUUCCUCCAGUGCUGAAUGAGUUCUUCCAGCAGAACAACGUAGCUAUAGAGAAUAAGCAGCAGUUGAAAAAAGCAGUUGAAGAGGAAUACCGGAACUGGGCAUCCAUGAACAAUGAGAAUGACAUCAUUGCUCAUUUUUCUGUACAAGGAACACCACCAUUGUUCUUGUGUCUGCUAUGGAAGAUGAUUCUGGAGACUGACAGAAUUAGUCCCAUUGCCUACAAGAUACUAGAACGGAUUGGUGCUAGAGCCCUGUCAGCACAUCUGCGCAAGUUCUGUGAUUACUUGGUGUUUGAAUUUGCUAAUUCUGGAGGAGGACAACAUGUGAACAAGUGUGUGGAUGCCAUCAAUGACAUGAUAUGGAAAUACAACAUAGUAACAAUUGACAGAUUGGUUCUCUGUUUGGCCUUGCGAACCCAAGAAGGCAGUGAAGCUCAAGUGUGUUUCUUCAUUAUCCAGUUGUUACUACUCAAGGCAGCCGAGUUGCGCAACCGUGUGCAAGAGUUUGUUAAAGAAAAUUCUCCAGAACACUGGAAACAGUCCAAUUGGCAUGAAAAGCAUCUUGCUUUUCAUCGCAAGUAUCCAGAGAAGUUUGCUCCAGAGGGAAUCCUGGAACAGACUGGAGGUCCUUCAUCACCAUACCAUUCCUUGCCAGUAUACUUUGGAAAUGUAUGCCUCAGAUUCUUACCUGUAUUUGAUAUUGUAAUUCAUCGAUACCUUGAACUUCCUCCGGUCACCAAGUCCUUGGAGACGUUACUUGAACAUCUUGGAUGUUUAUAUAAGUUCCAUGAUCGUCCUGUGACAUAUCUUUAUAAUACACUCCACUAUUAUGAACGGAAGUUACGGGAUCGUCCACCACUGAAACGCCGUCUGGUAGCAGCAGUUUUGGGUUCUUUACGUGACAUCAGAGCACCAGGAUGGAGUCUUUCAGAACCUUACCAGACUUAUAUGCAGCGGCAAACGGAUGAGACAACCUGGGUACCUGAACUUGACUAUUAUGUCAGACUUGUUCGGCGAAUAGUUGAAAUAGCUGUGUCAGGAAAGCCACACUUCCCAGCCACAGACUGGAGGUUUAAUGAGUUUCCCAACCCAGCAGCCCAUGCAUUGUAUGUCACGUGUGUAGAGCUGAUGGCUGUGCCAGUCACUCCAGCCCUUGUGGGCACCAAUCUGCUAGAUGUUGUUGCCAAAGGAUAUACUGUGAUACCUUCGAACCAAAUUCAUAUGUGGAUCAAUUCAGUAGGUCUUAUAAUGGCAGCCUUACCCGAUUCAUAUUGGUCAGUGCUACAUGAUCGCCUGGUGGAGGUAAUAACGUGUCCACAGCUGACCCAGUGGAAGUAUCGUAACACUCCAUUUCAGUUAUUCAAUUUUGCUGCCACACACGAUUCUCUUCUUGAGAACAAGUUCUCAUAUAUGCUAGCCCUAGCACAUUCCAUGUGGCACCAUGCAGGUGUUGGUCAAAUCACUACUGUUCCUCAAUUUGUGAGGGAGAAGGUUCAUCCUGUGGUGAAGACUGAAGAGCAGUUUCUGUUCCUCUGCCACCUGGUGGGCCCAUUCCUGCAGCGCUUUAAUACAGAUCGGCCACGGUGUGUGACAGAUCUGACAGUGGAGCUGUAUGAACUCUUGGAGCAAGUGGAUAAGAAUGUGACACACAUGCAGUACAUGGACCCCAUCUGUGACCUGCUUUAUCACAUAAAGUACAUGUUUGUGGGAGACUUGAUGAAGAAUGAGGUGGAAUGCAUAAUACGCAGACUUCGGCCAGCCCUCCAAAUGCGUCUGAGGUUUAUAGCACAUCUGAACAUUGAAGAAAUCAAUGCUGCAUGAGGUCAGAGAACAGCAUUGGUGCUUACAAGAAUGAACUGCUUCCUUUGUGUAACUCUGUCAGUCACUCAGUGUUACCCUUAUCAGUGUUGUUAAAUUAUUGCUGGUGCACAAUAUGAUACAGGGCUUUAAAAAUAUGGUCCUUCACUUAUGUGAGCCAACUCAUUUUUAUUUCCAGUUGUUUUAAUUUUUAAUAAAUUAUGUAAAUAUGUUGGCAGUACCUUUUCCAUAUCAAUCUUCUCUAAGUUUAAGUGUAUACAUACAGAUAAAUUAUUGUAAUAAAUGACGUUUUCACAGCAGUGA